AUGUCGCACAGAACACCGGGGCAUGACACCCAACAGGGUGUUUCCAGAACAAGAGAUGCUACCGUGGCACAGACCGCCAGAUUGCAAACGGUUAUGCAGGAUGCCCCUCAACUGGAAUCAACUGGCCCCAGCGCAAGCAGAGGGCCGACUUCACAGUUACCACAUCUCUUAACUGACCGGUCGGGACAUCCAAGUGGAAAGCCUCGUCCCAAACCGACAGCCAUCCCUCGAUCAACUGCCAAAACCCCCAGUGUACGGUCAACGACUCCUCUGAGAAAUGUGUCGAGUUCAGCAGGAACUAAGUCGGCCGGAAACUCCAGUUCUAUGCCGCAGGACGCACCAUUGGCCAUGGAUUCUAGUCAUGCACCGAGAACGAAGGAUCCUUCCUUUACCACGAGAAGAAUUGCUCGCUCAUCAGAUGCUUCGAGCGAUGAGCGUUCGUCUUCAGAUGCAGACCAUGAUGCCAUCUUCAGCAUAGUCAUGCCCGAAGUCAGUACGGCAAGCCGGCCGACCGAUCUGCCUCCUCGACUCAUACCCGAAUUACAAGCACUAGCCUCGUCCUCGCCAAAGCGAUCCGAAGUCCUCAACAAGUCAAUGAGCUCAAUCAGCAGCCCAUCGACCCGACUUUCUAAUACACCAAGUCCCUGGAGUGCGUCCACCGCCACAACGACGCCAACAUCAUGGUCGUCAGCGUCGCCAGGCAUUGUGCAACAAGUACCUAUGAAACAAUCCGGGAAACGGUCACAAACUGUGCCUAUUCCAGCACCAAAGCGUGAAAAAGUCCCAAAAAUGCCGGCCCUUCCGGAAUCGUUCGUCCCUUUGGGGGAGAGCGAUUCACCCGCCGGUUCUAAUGGGUCAAGGAAGACUCCUAGUAAGAAGAGGACGCCAUUGAACACACCUGCGCCGACGCCCCCUCCAAGGACUUCCUCAGCUAGGCAGACGCUGAGCAGGAGCAGCAGUAGAAGUGAUGGACAGCGACCAAAACCUGACCUUCAACCUACCCCUUCUCCGGAUCUAGAGCGCAGUCCACUCGCCAGGCGCGCGCGAACAGAACCUGAGAAUGUUGGAGACUCGGUCCGACAAGGUUCCCUUGCGCGAGCUCACGACGAACUCCAGCAGUCACUGGGCGAAGCACCACCUAGGCCGAGUCGACAAGGCACAAGAACCCUCGGUGACACCAGACCAGUUGUCCUCAAUACCCACCGCUCGGGCUUCGCCAGCCGACAUCGCGAAAUUCUGGAUGCUCGCGACGAUGGGCUACGCGAACCUGUUGAUAUUGGAAAAGAGGAGGAGAUCUAUCCCUCAUCGGAGCACCGGCCGACAACUCCUAAAGAGACCGGUGCAUCGGUUCCCAGUUCCCCAAGUCGCCUGGGCAAGUUUUCCCGGUUGGGGAUCUUUGGUCGUAGAGGCAAAUCACCAGCCGCCGAUACCGAAAAGAGUCCACGAAACAAGUUGCAACGAAGAGGACCUGCAGCGGGUACAGGUCAUGAAGGAUAUGGAAAGUAUGGAAGAAGAGGUCGGAAAGCACAACAGGAUAGCGGGUCGUCGAACAACAGUGAAAGUGAAAGAUCUGUCAGUAGCACGAGGAGGACACCGCUGUUCUCUUCGAAAGGAAAGGAAAGUCGGAACAGUAGCCGCCACAAUCGCAGCAGUCAGUCUGACCUUGACGAAUUUGCUGCGACCAGACUGAAACCUGUCCCCAUCAUUGGCGGAUCAGGGAGCAGCAUGAAGAGCAACUCCGGGAGCCGCCUUGAUGUCUCUGAGAGUCCUCUCCCACCUCCUGGACUGAAUCUUGACCAGUGGAGAACGCCAUCGCAAUCACAGACAUCCAUUAGCCAACAGUCUGUACAAGACAGCCCCGGGUUCACCACCGCUGCGACUUCGGAUCAGGAGAAUGUUCCUACGUUAGCACUUCGACGGUCUCAACGUUUCGGAAACGUGGCAGAGAACUUCAAUUUACCGACUCCAAUUAGAACCGAGGAACGCUCCAGAACGCCAUACAUAAGCAGUCAAGAGGAAAGCCGGUCUUCUGCUUUGGCAGCAUCAACGUCGACACCCAGCACCACUACUGAAUUCAAUCGCGUCGAUCCUACGCUCCAAAAGUCAAGGGAUAAGAAACGUCGAAAGCUUAGGUGGAAUAUUUUCCGGAGGAAAGGUCCAGAGCCUGAACUAGAGUCGGGUAUGCGUCCACCGUCCUCAUCGCCGGAGGAGAUGGCCGUCAGUGUUUCGUCUGUCCCAAUUUCUCGGCCUAUGCCAUACUAUGCCAUGAUGGAUUCUGAGAGCGAAAUGAACACUAACGAGCAGGUUGGGGAUUUCCUCUCACAAGUCGUCGAAUCCCCUGCUGUAAGCCCCAUGAUGGAGGGCUCCGAGAGAGAGGUUCCGGAAGACGACCAAGUGCAACGAAUAUAUGAAGAUACUGUGUUCCUUCCGGCCGCUCCCGUAUCGCCGCCACAACUAUUCGCAAGACCGCCUCCUGCAGUACCUUUAAGAAGUCCAACAGAGCAAAUCCCGGUGCAGCUGGAUGAGCGUCCACAAAGACAACCACGUCUUGUUCGCGUUGGACGAAUACCUCCCGUGGUAUCGAGAAACGAACGACUGCAUACACCCAGCCGCACAUCCUUCUCUCAACCUUUCGUGAGACGGCCAGUCGCUGACAACUCUGAUCAGACCCCAGAGGCUAAUCCAGACCCGCCACUCCAGAUUAGCACAGAGAUCCUCCCAAACCGACCAUACACAGCUCCGGACAGUGCUAAAUCGGCCAGCGCCCCGGCCUUUGGAGAAUCGGAGUUUCUACGAUUUCCUUCGAGGCAAGCCUCAGAAGUCUCUGCGUCCAGUAGUUCUGAAGGCGUCUUGAGCAUCCUCGGCCCCGCGUUGAUUCCGGGCCAGCUCGGUAGUGGCCAUUCGGGGAGUUUUGCUCGGCAGUCAGAUGUCUAUGUGCCCAACAGCCCUAGUGUCGACGAGGUCUGGAAUGAGUACGAUGAUUUUAUCGACCAGGUACUAUCCCCUUCUCGAACAAGGAAAAGUGCGAAGGCCAGAGUCCAGCAGGAAGCUCCGGUUCCAGAACCACCUCGAGAUCCCAGUACUUCAGCUGACUCGGCUCGAUACGGCACAGCGACACAGACUGAGAGCCCCGAUGUCUUUCUGUCUGACUUUCCUGUCCCUGCCAUGAAACGGCCGGUACUGGGGCAAGCAGAGGUGACUUCAGCCGCACCCCCAGUCGUAUUUCAUCCUCCUACGAUACCGGAACGAUCGGUAGGAGAAGACAUUCGACUGCGACGGUCUCGGAUUGUUUCAGCCUUACACUCCUCAAUUGACCCAGCAUCGCCAUUCUCGAUUCGGGACUUACUUAGCGAAUAUGAAAGUCCCCAUAGGUACAGCUCGAAAUUAUCUGAGCGCCUGAGUACCUCUACGGCCGGUCGCUCACUCGAGCGUCUGACAAUGACCAUGAACGCACCAGACAUGCAAACCGAGCCGAAUCACCAAGAGCAAGUGGCUCUUUUAGAUGUGGUCGAACGAAGCAGAGACCCCGUGGGCCAGUCAGAACUUCACUACGCAUCAUUGAUGGUCGCCAAGUGGCUCUCAUUCGGACGGGUUCUCUUCUCUCCUGCUCACGAUGAAAUCCACACUAUCCCGGAGCGUCAUAUUCUCGUGAUUGAUGGACUGGGAAAUGAGGACUGGUCGAUCUAUUGUGCCGUCACAUACGAAGCGCAGAGGGCUUUUGUGCAUGAUCUCAAGGAGAAAGCAACUCCCAAGGGCUCCAAAGAUUCGAAACCGUCCCAACACGCUCCCGACAACCAUCGUCGAGCAGAAGUGGUCAGUUUCUACGAGCGAUUUCCAUUUCCGCCUGCCUUUUUCUCUGCUGUUGUCGUUCGGUUUCCCCCGGCGAUGGCUGAGGCAAAGUUGAAGAAUAUUAUAUCCGAAUGCAGACGAGUAUUGCUUCCUGGCGGAUAUCUGGAGCUCAUGCUUCUGGAUCUCGACAUUGUCAAUAUGGGCGUUCAGACCCGAAGAGCAGUCCGCGAGCUCAAGUUUAGAAUGACGGCGGCAGACAAGCAGAUCAGUCUGAGACCAAUAAUUGAUAAUGUCCAGAAUGUUCUCGGUGGACGUGGAUUCUCCAAUAUCAGUCGCUGUGUGGUGGGAGUACCCGUAGCAGGGCGUCCCACUGGAUCGACUGAUUCGUCCUCAUCUUCACGCUCGAGUGGGGGGUCGGAUGGAUUCCCGAGGCGUGGAACAGGAGAUCCAAGACAAGCAAAUGCCUCGCCACGAAUGACCUUUUCUCAAGGCCGCGGAGGAGCCAAUCUGUCACUGAAUGACCUGAUUGCUGAUCAUUCCGAGAACGCCGAUGCGAAAAUAGGCAAAAUAGUCUCAAGAACAGCGAGAACGUGGUGGCAGCAUUGCUUUGAAGCCGGGGUGAUUCCCGAUGGCAAUCUUUCCAGAAGCAUUUUUGCCGACAAGCACGUAUUGGGGGAGUGUAAAAGCCGAGGAUCCAGUUUCAAGAUGCUAAUUGCAUAUGCACAGCGCCCUGUCUUCGAGGCAAGACGGCGAACGAUGAGUGAGCCCGUUGUGCCAACAGUGGCCACGGCUGGAGUUGCUCGACAGGCCCAACCAUCUUCUGGUGGAUCACGUACAGCAUGA